UAUUCCCUCACUUUGUGUCACCCAGCUGUUACGAGGUCCCCGGAGCUACCACCUUAAACCCUAGGUUCCACCCUCCAGCACGACAGUGCGCGACCCCACUCUCUCUCUCACCCUCGGCCGACUUAGGCCAUCGGCCGCUCUUCACAAGCCGCAGAGGUUCUUCUCAGGCAGUUUCCGGCUCUCUCUCGUUCACCUUUUCUUUUAUAUUUCUCGAGCAUUCUCGAAACAUGGCGGAAGUUGCCGAACCACAAAAUAGGCAAGCAAGGCCCAUUCCUCCACCUCAAGCUCGAGGUCCUCCACCACAUGUUCGCCGUCCUGGUAUGCCAAUUGAUCGUGAAAAGACUUGUCCUCUUCUACUUAGAGUUUUUACCAAGGUUGGUGGCCACCAUCCCAAAGAGGACUUCGCAGUUAGGGGCAAGGAACCUAAGGAUGAAGUCCAGAUUUAUACGUGGAAGGAUGCUACACUUAGAGAGCUCACUGAUCUGGUCAAAGAGGUGGCUCCUGCAGCUAGGAAAAGAGAUGCAAAACUUUCAUUUGCAUUCGUCUACCCUGACAAGAAUGGUCGUUUUGUUGUAAGACCGGUGGGAAUGACUUACUCUUUUGGAAAUGGGAGGCGAAUUGAUGAUGCUAAGACAUUGGAUGAACUCAGCUUUCAGAUUGGGGAUUACUUGAGCGUUGCCAUCCUCUAAAGAGUAGUUCCUUGAAGAAGUUGCGUUUCUGCUGCAUCUGCUAUAGUUAGUCCUUGAGAGCAUCCAAGAAGAAACUACAUGCAUCUUUUUAUAUGUGGGAAAGUGCUCUUGAAUGUGCUUCAUGAUUUGAAACUUGAUUGUUGACUGUAAUAUACUUUUGGUUACUGUAAAUUAUUCAUGACUAGUACUUGUGCAGAUUAUGAGUUUUUACAGCACUUUGUUGUGAUGCA